UUUCCUGUCAUUGAAGGGUCAACGGGCAGGACUUUGUGAACAAAUAUCAAGUUUCAGGUAAGAGAGAAACUGGAGACACCCACGAAGAAGAUCGCAGAGUCAAUUUAUUCCUAUGCUUCCCUGAGAACUGUGGGACUUGGUACACUGGAGUCGUUUGCGCAUGCGUGCUCUUUCGGUCGCGUGCACCGAACCCCAGACACGCGGAGCUGGUGCUUUCAAAUAGAGUGCGAAACGCAUUUGUUCUUUAGGGAGAUUAUUUGUUCAUCGUGUGCAAUACUCUGGAAUCAUAAACUUGCAUUCCAAUGAGGCUGGGUGUUAGCAAUCCUGCUACGAAUUUAAAAAAGAAAAAAUAAUAUGUUUUGUUCUUACUCAAUUUAAUGCAACCAGAACUCCUGCGAUUUUCCCAAAUAACAAGCAGCCUAUGAUCGCCACUGUGUGCUGCUCAGUGCAACGGAGACUUUGGCCUAAGAAAUUAGAAGGUUUACAUAAAAGCAGAAAAGCCUCAAAGAUCUGACUACAUUCUUUGAAUCUAUUUUAUUCUGGAAGUGCAACCCUCCCAAAGAUUGAAGGAACUGAUGUAACAAGGAUUGAAGAAGUGGUUAUUCCCAGAAAGAAAUCUUGGGAUAAAGUGGCCGUUCUUCAGGCACUUGCUUCCACAGUAAACAGGGACACCACGGCUGCACCUUAUGCAUUUCAAGAUGAUCCCUACCUUAUUCCAGCGUCUUCUGUGGAAUCUCGUUCGUUUUUACUGGCAAAGAAGUCUGGGGAGAAUGCAGCAAAGUUUAUUAUUAAUUCACAUCCAAAAUAUUUUCAGAAGGACAUAGCUGAACCACAUAUACCGUGUUUAAUGCCUGAGUGUUUUGAACCUCGAAUCGAAGAAGUAAGUGAAGCUGCCCUAAAGGAACGAAUCAAGCUCAAAAAAGUCAAAGCCUCCGUGGACAUGUUUGAUCAGCUUUUGCAAGCAGGAACCACUGUGUCUCUUGAAACGACAAAUAAUCUCUUGGAUUUACUUUGUUACUAUGGUGACCAAGAGCCCUCCACUGAUUAUUCUUUUCAGCAAACUGAACAGUCAGAGGAAUUGGAAGAGGAAAGUAACAAGAAAUUUAGGAGGAAAGCUGGUCAUCAGAUUGGAGCUACAUGGAGCGCAAAAAACAAUGCUGAGAGAAUCUUUACUCUGAUGCCAGAGAAAAAUUCACAUUCCUACUGCACAGUGAUCCGAGGGAUGGUGAAGCAUCGAGCUUAUGAGCCAGCAUUAAACUUGUACACUGAAUUAUUAAACAACAGAAUCCAUGCUGAUGUAUUCACAUUCAAUGCAUUGAUUGAAGCAACGAUAUUAGGGCUGGAUGUGGAUUUUGAGGAAAAAUGGAAUAAAACACUGGAGCUACUGAAACAAAUGGUUGCACAGAAGGUGAAACCAAAUCUACAAACUUUUAAUACCAUUUUGAAAUGUCUCCGAAGAUUUCACGUAUUUGCAAAAUUUCCAGCCUUAAAGACCUUACGAGAAAUGAAAGCCAUUGGAAUAGAACCCUCGCUUGCAACAUAUCACCAUAUUAUUCAGCUGUUUUAUCAACGUGAAAACAUUUCAAAAGGAUCAUCCCUAAUCAUCUAUGAUAUAAUGAGUGAAUUAAUGGGAAAAAAAUUUUCUCCAAGGGAUCUGGAUGAUGGUAUGUUUUUUCAGUCAGCUAUGAGAGUUUGCUCAUCUCUCAGAGAUCUGGAACUUGCUUACCAAGUACAUAGCCUGUUAAACACUGGAGAUAACCGGAAAUUUAUUGGACCUGAUUAUCGCCGUCAUUUCUAUUAUUCCAAGUUCUUCACUUUAAUUUGUCUAAUGGAACAAAUUGAUGUCACCUUGAAGUGGUAUAAGGACCUGAUACCUUCAGUUUUCUUUCCCCACUCCCAAACAUUAAUAGAUCUUCUCCAAGCAUUGGAUGUGGCCAAUCGGCUAGAAGUGAUUCCUCAGAUUUGGAAAGAUAGUAAAGAAUGUGGUCAUACUUUCCACAGUGACCUGAAGGAAGAGAUUCUGAUUCUCAUGGCAAGGGAUAAGCACCCACCAAAGCUUCAGGAGGAGUUUGCUGACUGUGCUGCUGACAUCAAAUCUGCUUAUGAAAGCCAAGAUGGCAGACAGACUGCUCCAGAUUGGCCAGCCAUCCCUCUCAAUUGUAUAGCUGUCCUCUUUUUAAGAGCUGGGAGAACCCAGGAAGCAUGGAAAAUGCUGGGGCUUUUCAGGAAGCAUAAUAAGAUCCCUAGAAACGAGUUGCUGAAUGAGUUCAUGGACAGUGCAGAAGCGUCCAACAGCCCUGCCCAGGCCAUUGAAGUAGUGAAACUGGCAAGUGCUUUCAGCUUACCUAUUUGCGAGAGCCUCUCCCAGAGAGUAAUGACUGACUUUGCCAUCAACCAGGAACAAAAGGAAGCCCUAGAAAACCUAACUGCGUUGACCAGUGACAGUGACAGUGAUAGUGACAGCAGCAGUGACAGCAGCAGUGACAGCGACAGUGACAUCAAUGAAGGCAAAUGAAAGUGGGAUGUUCAGUAAUAAUGAUGACGCCACCCUAGCUGCUGGAAUCACACUUGAAAACAGAUACUAAUAUUUAACAAUGUUUCAAAGAAAUAAGGAUACAAAUUUGGUGAAUUUUGGUACUGUGAAACAGUGGAUAGAUGCUGCCUUAUUUAUUAUAAUUUGCUACUAGCCAAACCACCUAUUAACUGUAGCAUUCGAGGCUUACCAUGUAAGCCACAGCUCUUGUGGUCAGGAUAAGCUCUGUAUACCUGAAGUGUUGGUAGGCUGACCUCACAGUGCCCUCUCCCUGCAGCUGGACUAAAGCUUCUGUUGGCCUGAUGUGUUGGUAAGAUGCUGAUCCUUUCUUCUUCUUAA